UAUGGACGUGGAGGGAGGAAAGCUAGUCAAAAGGAUACCAAAGGCACACAGUCACUCCUUUUUCUGCGUGGAAGGAGGGAACAAGGAGCUCUGGUCCUCCGGGCAUCACCUCAAAUCCUGUAGGGAGGUGGCUUUUUCACAUGACAGAGAGAAACUCUUCAGCAUAUCUAAGGACAAAUCUGUCCACAUUAUGGACGUGGAGGGAGGAAAGCUAGUCAAAAGGAUACCAAAGGCACACAGUCACUCCUUUUUCUGCGUGGAAGGAGGGAACAAGGAGCUCUGGUCCUCCGGGCAUCACCUCAAAUCCUGUAGGGAGGUGGCUUUUUCACAUGACAGAGAGAAACUCUUCAGCAUAUCUAAGGACAAAUCUGUCCACAUUAUGGACGUGGAGGGAGGAAAGCUAGUCAAAAGGAUACCAAAGGCACACAGGGUCACCGCCUUCGUGGAGUUGAAGCAGCACGAGGAGUACAUCAGUGGCAUGGCCUUCGACCACGACAAGAAGAUCAUCCUUACUACCAGUGGAGAUGGGACAAUGGGAGUGUUUAACAUUACGAGGCGGAGCUUCGACCUCCUGUCUGAGUUUCAAAAUGGGGAUCUCACCUCUGUGGCAAUCAUGAAGGGCUGCUUUGCUGGCCAGUCUAGGAUAAAGAAGCAGUUGUUGCUCCUGGACAGCUCUUCAGCACCUUUGGAUGGAAUGGGCUUGCAGCACUGCAGAGACUUGCUGUGUAAGAGGGGUUCUGUGCUGGCUUAUCAGACAGUGGGCUCUGUGUGA